GAGCACGUCGCUACGUCUGAUUUGGAGCGCGCGCGCGUUGGUACUAGAUUACGCGGGGUAUUAGCUAAAAGCUUUCAACGAAGGUAGCAUGAAAUAUUCACAAUUUUAUUUUUAUUUUAUUUGAAGGUAAAAAGUAAAAUAAAAUGACUCUCACGCCUCUUGUUCACUGGGCUCAACGUCACGAGGAAAUCUUCCUGCGAGUGGAGCUGACGGACGCCCAGAAUAUUGAUGUCCAGGUGCAGGAUAAUGUCCUUCAAUUCAGAGCCCAGGGAUACGGUGCAAAAGGACUACAUGAAUAUGAGUUCAGCUUAGAGUUCCUUUUUCCAGUAAAGCCUCAGGUGAGGCACAAGUCCACACAACGUCAGGUAAACCUCACAGUACAGAAAGAGCGGCGAGGCUGGUGGGAAAGGCUCACCCUGCAGGAGCGUAGACCUGUCUUCCUGACUCCAGACUUUGACCGCUGGCUGGACGAGUCAGACGCUGAGAUGGAGAUUUGGGAAAAGGAUGAGAAAAGGAGCAGGUUGAGGACUGCAAAGCUUAAAGGAGAAGGGUUUAUCAGCCUCAAAACAGCCUUUUUGUUUAUGUAUAACCUGGUUCAGUUUCUUGGAUUUUCAUGGAUCUUUGUCAACAUGACAGUUCGCCUCUUCAUAUUUGGCCGAGAUUCUCUCUACGACACAUUUCACACAAUGUCAGACAUUAUGUUCUUCUGCCAGAUCCUGGCAUCGGUGGAGGUCCUCAACGCUGCCUUUGGUGUUGUUAGAACUGCUCUUAUUCCCACGUUCAUACAGGUGAUUGGAAGGAAUUUUAUCCUCUUCAUUAUUUUGGGGAGUCUGGAAGAAAUGCACCACCGCCCAGUUGUGUUCUUUGUUUUCUAUCUGUGGAGUACCAUUGAGAUUUUUAGGUAUCCGUUUUACAUGCUGGGCUGUUGCAACACAGAGUGGAAAACCCUCACUUGGCUGCGGUACACAGUCUGGAUCCCACUGUAUCCGUUAGGUGUUUUAGCUGAAGCUGUUGCAGUGAUUCAGUCCAUUCCCAUAUUCGAUGAAACCAGACUGUUCCGCAUUCCUCUGCCGAAAGUAAUCGGUACUUCAGUCAGCUUCUCCUACGUCCUUCACGUCUAUCUGAUUUUUAUGUUUUUGGGGCUUUUUAUCAACUUUCGCCACCUUUACAAGCAGAGGAAGAAGCGUUUCCGCACCAAGAAGAGGAAAGCAAAUUAAAAAUUUGCUGCUUGUUUACUUUUGAACCCUUUUUGAAGAACACCCAAAUGUCUGCUCCGGUCAAAAGCAGCAUUUCUUGUUGCCCCAGCUGAUUAAAACAAAUUGUUGCUGUUGACUGUUUAAGAGCAAAGAAAGAAAACAUUUGUUAACAAAUGCAGGGUUUUAAUCUGUUUACAAGCUUUAUAAACAAAAACAACUGAUGAAACAUAAUCACCAUUUACUCCUUUGCUGGUUUAUUAAAGAACCUUAAACUUCUGA